ACUCCCUAACAAUUUGCUGAGAGUCAUCAAUUAUGCAGGGUAGCCGCACGCACUGGGAAGGAAGAUAGCAGCAACAAUAUGGCGACAGCCGCAGUUACACUCGACUCUUUUCUACACCCGCAGUUCAUUGACACCUUUCUGGAUUUCUGUUAAGGUGAGAAAAAAGCUGGAUGUCUGGGAUGGAAAACCAAUAAAGAGGAAAUAGCUGCAGGAUGAAAACAUGGCCGCACCCCUUAUUGCACCCCCAGGCCCUGACAGCUUCAAGAAAUUCACCCCGGAGUCGCUCGCUAACAUCGAGAAGCGCAUCAAUGAGGAGAAGAACAAGAAGCCACCGAAGCCUCGAUCGGACAGUAGUCACCGGGACACGUCUGACGAGAAUGAAGCCAAGCCCAACAGUGACCUGGAGGCGGGGAGGAGCCUGCCGUUCAUCUACGGCGAUGUUCCUAAGGGAAUGUCGGGCGUACCGCUGGAGGAUUUGGAUCCAUACUAUCUGAACACAAAAACAUUUAUAGUCCUCAACAGUGGGAAAACCAUCUUCCGCUUCAGUGCCACGCCCUCCGUCUACAUCUUAAGCCCCUUUAAUCUACUUAGGCGAAUAGCUAUUAAGAUUUUGAUACAUUCGUUAUUCAGCAUGAUCAUCAUGUGUACGAUUUUGACCAACUGUAUAUUCAUGACAUUUAGUGACCCCCCAGAGUGGUCCAAACAAGUAGAGUAUACCUUCACCGGUAUCUAUACGUUUGAGUCACUCACAAAAAUUGUUGCCCGAGGCUUCGCAAUAGAUGGGUUUACUUUCCUCAGAGACCCAUGGAACUGGCUGGAUUUCAUGGUCAUCUCAAUGGCGUAUAUAACAGAGUUUGUAAACCUAGGCAAUGUGUCAGCCCUGCGUACGUUCAGGGUUCUGAGGGCUUUGAAAACUAUUUCAGUUAUCCCAGGCCUGAAGACCAUUGUGGGUGCUCUGAUCCAGUCUGUGAAGAAGCUGUCGGAUGUGAUGAUCCUGACCGUCUUCUGUCUCAGCGUCUUUGCUCUGAUUGGACUGCAACUUUUUAUGGGGAACCUGCGGCAGAAGUGUGUAAUCUGGCCAAUCAACAUGACUGAGCAAUACCCGCCAAAUGGCAGCAGACCCUUUGACUGGGCUGAAUACAGCAUGAAUGAAAGUAAUUUCUACAUCCUACCAAAUAUGCGGGAUGCUCUUCUCUGUGGAAAUAGUAGUGAUUCAGGACGAUGUCCAGAGGGCUAUACAUGCAUGAAAGCUGGAAGGAACCCCGACUAUGGUUACACCAGCUUUGACAGCUUUGGAUGGGCUUUCCUCACCCUAUUUCGCCUCAUGACCCAAGACUUUUGGGAAAAUCUCUACAUGCUGACUCUGCGAGCUGCAGGGAAGACUUACAUGAUCUUCUUCGUGCUGGUCAUCUUUGUGGGCUCCUUCUACCUGGUGAAUCUCAUCUUGGCUGUGGUGGCUAUGGCUUAUGAGGAGCAGAAUCAGGCCACUAUGGAGGAGGCCGAGCAGAAAGAGGCUGAAUUCAAAGCCAUGCUGGAGCAGCUCAAAAGGCAGCAAGAAGAAACACAGGCUGCUGCCAUGGCAACAUCUGCAGGCACGGUGUCGGAGGCUGCGUUAGAAGACGAAGGAGGAGGGCACUUGUCCCGCAGCUCCUCCGAGGUCUCCAAACUGAGCUCUAAGAGUGCCAAGGAGCGGCGUAAUCGCAAGAAGAAAUGGCGUCAGAAAGAGCAGGAGAAAGAGAAGGGAGACACCGAGAAGGUUGUCAAGUCCGAGUCAGACGAUGGCAGCAAGAAAAGCACCAUUCGUUUUCCAGGAAGCCGGCUGGGGAGGAAGACAUCCAUUAUGAACCAGUCACUACUCAGCAUCCCGGGCUCUCCCUUUAUGUCGCGCCACAACAGCCGCAGCAGCAUCUUCAGCUUCAAAGGCCGUUCCAAGGACAUGGGCUCAGAGAACGAGUUUGCAGAUGAUGAGCACAGCACAGUGGAGGAGAGCGAAGACCGCCGAGGCUCACUGUUCAUUCCUUACCGCCGGAACAGCUACAGCGGCUACAGCCAGGGCUCAUCCCGAAUCCACCCACUGGCACCCCACUCUGGAGGGAAGAGGAACAGCACGGUGGACUGCAAUGGCGUGGUGUCUCUCAUCGGCCCUGGGACCGGCAGACGGCUCCUGCCUGAGACUUCCGACGUGGAGAUAAAGAAGAAGCAUUCUGGCUCACUCAUGGUAUCCGUGGAUCAGCUCAACUCCUCCUUCAAAGGAAAGGACCGAGCCAAUAGUCAGAUGAGCGUAGUCACCAACACACUCUUAGAGGAGUUGGAGGAGUCUCAGAGGAAGUGUCCUCCCUUUUGGUACAAAUUUGCCAACAUCUUCCUCAUCUGGGAGUGCUUUCCCAUGUGGCUGAAGAUCAAGCACGUAGUCUACUUGAUUGUCAUGGACCCAUUUGUUGACCUGGCCAUCACCAUCUGCAUUGUCCUCAACACCCUCUUCAUGGCCAUGGAGCACUACCCCAUGACUGAAGAGUUUGAGGGGGUUCUUUCUGUUGGCAACCUGGUUUUCACAGGCAUUUUUGCUGGAGAGAUGUUUGCCAAGCUGGUGGCCAUGGAUCCGUAUUACUACUUCCAGGAAGGCUGGAACUGCUUUGAUGGCUUCAUUGUGACUCUGAGUUUAGUUGAGCUGGGGCUGGCUGAUGUGGAAGGUCUGUCAGUGCUCAGGUCAUUCCGAUUGUUACGAGUGUUCAAACUUGCCAAGUCGUGGCCUACCCUAAACAUGCUGAUCAAGAUCAUUGGUAACUCAGUGGGAGCUCUGGGUAAUCUGACCCUGGUGUUGGCCAUCAUCGUCUUCAUCUUUGCCGUGGUUGGCAUGCAGCUGUUUGGCAAAAGCUACAAGGACUGCGUGUGUAAGAUCGCCGCGACCUGUGAACUGCCCCGCUGGCACAUGCACGACUUCUUCCACUCCUUCCUGAUCGUCUUCAGAGUGUUGUGUGGGGAAUGGAUUGAGACCAUGUGGGACUGUAUGGAGGUGGCUGGACAAACCAUGUGUCUCACCGUCUUCAUGAUGGUUAUGGUCAUCGGAAACCUGGUGGUGCUGAACCUGUUCCUGGCUUUGCUACUGAGCUCAUUCAGUGCUGACAACCUCGCUGCCACGGAUGAUGACGGCGAGCCCAACAACCUGCAGCUUGCGGUUGCCCGCAUAAAGAUAGGGAUUGCCUGGUUCAAGGCUCACAUGCGGAUCUUUGUGGCCACGUUGCGCAAGAAGCCCGAAGAGGAUGAACAGAAGCCUCUGGAUGAAAUGUACGAAAAGAAGCUCAACUGCAUCGCAAACCACACAGUCGACAUCAACCGUGAGCUGGACUAUGCCAAAAAUGGCAACGGCACCACUAGCGGCAUUGGGAGCAGUGUGGGAAAGUAUAUGAUUGAUGAGGACUACAUGUCCUUCAUCCACAACCCCAACCUCACUGUCUGUGUUCCCAUCGCUGUUGGCGAGUCGGACUUUGAGAACCUUAACACGGAAGACUUCAGCAGUGAAUCGGAUGUGGAGAACAGUAAAGAUCUUGAUGACACAAGUUCGUCUGAGGGCAGCACAAUCGACAUCAAGCCAGAUGUGGAGGACGUUGCAGUGGUGGAGGUAGUUGAGGAAUAUGUUGACCCGGAGGCCUGCUGGACUGACGAAUGUAUAGCCAAAUACAAGUGCUGCGAUGUUCCCAUCACUCACGGCUGGGGAAAACACUGGUGGUUCUUGAGGAAAACCUGCUACUUGAUUGUAGAACACAACUGGUUUGAAACCCUCAUCAUCUUUAUGAUCCUGCUCAGCAGUGGAGCCCUGGCCUUUGAAGAUGUGUACAUUGAGCAGAGGAAGACAAUCAAGAUCAUUCUGGAGUAUGCUGAUCGGGUGUUCACCUAUAUAUUCAUUCUGGAGAUGUUGCUGAAAUGGGUGGCCUACGGCUUUGUCAAGUACUUCACUAAUGCCUGGUGUUGGUUAGACUUCUUCAUUGUGGAUGUGUCAAUAGUCAGCCUUAUUGCUAAUGCGUUGGGCUACUCCGAUCUAGGCCCGAUUAAAUCACUCAGGACACUGAGGGCCUUGAGACCCCUCAGGGCCCUGUCACGUUUUGAAGGGAUGAGGGUUGUGGUCAAUGCUUUGGUUGGUGCAAUUCCUUCCAUCAUGAAUGUGCUGCUGGUGUGUCUCAUCUUCUGGCUCAUCUUCAGCAUCAUGGGUGUCAAUCUGUUUGCUGGAAAGUAUUACUACUGUUACAACGAGACAGCUGAGGAGAACUUUCUCCCCGAUGUCGUCGACAACAAAACAGAGUGUUUUGCACUCAUUAAUGCAAACCAUUCUGAGGUCAGAUGGAAAAACGUCAAGAUCAAUUUUGACAAUGUGGGCGCGGGAUACCUGGCACUCCUGCAAGUGGCCACGUUUAAAGGCUGGAUGGACAUCAUGUACGCAGCAAUAGAUUCUAGAAAGGUGGAGGACCAGCCGAUCUACGAGGACAACUUGUAUAUGUACAUCUACUUUGUCAUCUUCAUCAUCUUCGGCUCGUUCUUCACCUUGAACCUCUUCAUUGGUGUCAUCAUUGACAACUUCAACCAACAAAAGAAAAAGUUUGGAGGUCAGGACAUCUUCAUGACGGAAGAGCAAAAGAAAUACUACAAUGCCAUGAAAAAACUGGGGUCAAAGAAACCCCAAAAACCAAUUCCCAGGCCUCAGAACAGCUUCCAGGGCAUGGUGUUCGACUUUGUGACACAGCAGGUGUUCGACAUCUCCAUCAUGGUUCUGAUCUGUCUCAAUAUGGUCACCAUGAUGGUGGAGACAGACGAUCAGACGAAGGAGACGGAUAUCGUGCUCUACUGGGUCAACUUCAUCUUCAUCGUGGUCUUCACUUGCGAGUUUGUGUUGAAGCUCUUUGCGCUGCGGCACUACUACUUUACCAACGGCUGGAACAUCUUCGACGUGGUUGUGGUCAUCCUUUCAAUCGUGGGAAUGUUUCUGGCUGACCUGAUUGAGCAGUACUUUGUGUCACCAACACUCUUCAGGGUGAUUCGUUUGGCUCGUAUUGGCAGAAUCCUGCGUCUCAUCAAGGGAGCCAAAGGAAUAAGGACUCUACUGUUUGCCCUAAUGAUGUCACUUCCUGCCUUGUUCAACAUUGGCCUACUUCUUUUCCUGGUUAUGUUCAUUUUCUCCAUCUUUGGCAUGUCCAACUUUGGUUAUGUGAAACACGGAGCAGGAAUUGAUGACAUGUACAACUUUGAGACCUUCGGCAACAGUAUGAUCAUCCUGUUCAUGAUUACGACGUCAGCUGGCUGGGACGGCCUGCUGCUGCCCAUUCUUAACUACCCUCCAGACUGCGACCCCUUGCUGGAGAAUGCCGGCACGCCCGCAACAGGAGACUGUGGAAACCCUUCGGUGGGAAUCUUCUUCUUUGUAAUGUACAUCAUCAUUUCUUUUCUUAUCGUGGUCAACAUGUACAUCGCCAUCAUCCUGGAGAACUUCAGCGUGGCCACAGAGGAGAGUGCCGACCCGCUCAGCGAGGACGACUUUGAGACCUUUUAUGAGAUUUGGGAGAAGUUUGACCCUGAUGCAUCCCAGUUCAUCACCUAUUCCAAGCUUUCUCACUUUGCUGAUGCACUGGAACACCCGCUUCGAAUCCCCAAGCCCAACACCAUCGAACUGAUCGCCAUGGACAUGCCUAUGGUGAGUGGCGACCGCAUCCACUGCCUGGACAUCCUGUUUGCCUUCACUAAGCGCGUGCUGGGUGACAGCGGCGAGUUGGACAUGCUGAGGCAGCAAAUGGAGGAGCGUUUUGUGGCCGCCAAUCCCUCCAAGGUCUCUUAUGAGCCAAUCACCACCACUCUGAGGCGCAAGGAGGAGGAUAUGUCGGCCAGGAUCAUUCAAAGGGCCUACCGUUCUUACCUGGCUAGGCGGGGUUUCGUCUGUAAGCGCAAACCAGUCAGUAACAAAGUGGAGAACGGCGGCAACAAUCAGGAAAAAGAAAAGAAGGAGGGCACUCCCUCAACUGCCUCCCUGCCCUCUUAUGACAGUGUAACCAAACCUGACAAGGAGAAAGAGGAUGACAACGAUGAGGGCAAGAGUGGAAGGAAAGAGAAAGGAAGAAACCAAAAAGACAUCAAGGAAUCUAAAUGUUAGAGAGUUGGAAUAAUAAUCACAGUAAUAACAACAAAAUUAUAAUAUUGUAACUUCAAGCAAAGCGAGAGGAAACUCACCCACACAGAUGUACAGAUUAUUUCAUUUGCAAGUCAGAAAAGAAUAAUACUCAAUAAUUUUGUUUACAGACUUCAUUCUUAUAUUGAUGCAGAGGAAAGCAGCUUGAUAUGUUACAGCUUGAAGAUUCUCGAACUUCAAUCAAACCAAACAUACAUCACCAUACUGUGUGACACUGUUGUAUCUAGACUACUGAUCUUAACAAAAGGGAAUGAAAAAUAGACAAGGAAAUGUCUUUGUCUGCUGAAGGGCAGAUUGCUCACAGUAAGACAAGUAACUCUACAUCAAGAGGUACAUGAUAAAACACUAAAGAAAUUCAGCGCAUGGACGCGAGUAAUGGAUUCCUAUGGAAGACAAUGUUGUGAAGGAAAAACAAGGAGGCUGCUGUUGCUGAAGAAUCCUCUGCUUAAAGCAGCCACGAGUGCUCCUGUGUCAUUAAGUACUUAAGUGUAUAGAGGAGUAAAUGACACAGCCACUCCAUGAGAGCAAACAGAGGGAUGAUUGGUGAGUGAAAGACACAAAUGACAGAGAGUGUUGGAAGUACUUUUCCUUUUUAUUAAAGCUAGAAAAUGUUCAUUUGAGCAGCAAAAAUGCAAACAGACAAAAAAAGAACAAUAUUCAACAUUUUGCCCAUGUCACUUAACUCUUGUACUCAUUUUAUCUUUGUUAUACCCACAUCAAAACGCUUUUUUUUACAUGGGCUUUCACACCAAUUGGUUAAGGGUCUGUUUAUUAUGGGGUCAACUUGGGCCAAGGGCUUACAUUUACUCAGAAAGAUUUCCAAACAAAUACAUAAAUAAUUGUGCUUGUUCAAUGCAUAGAAAUGACUUGCAUGAUGGCAUGUUUUGAUCAGAAAUCUUGCAUGAAUUAUCAUAGUCCACAAGACACUAAUACUCGAGUUCAGAGUAAUUUGUUUAACAAAGAUAAGUGAUUUUGGGGUUGAUAAUCUAAAAUGGAUCAGUGUUUCUGUCUCAUUACUCAACACAUGUCAAAUGUUUAAAUUGUAGCCUCUAUAGACAGAAGAAUGGUAUAUGCUGGUGAAUAAUGCCACAACGGUGGGUCAGUGGGUGUAAUCCAAACAAUUUAUUUGCUGCUCUGGAGAUUUUGAGUGUGUAAGAAGUGGAAAUGGAUGUCUGUGUUUCAUGGGAACUGAAAUGUUUGUUAAUUUGGACUCAAAUGUUUUGCGAAGGCGCAACACUUUGAAACUAAAAUACCUAUAUUUAUAAUUUGUAUGCACCUAUGUAAUGUUUCAUACCAUCUGCCUUUAGUUUUGUGUGAGCGGGCAUUUUGCAAGUUCUACUGUGGGUUAUGAGUGGUUGGUGGGGAUUUCACAGGUACGGCAAACUCCAUUAUAAUUCUGAUGUUUCUCUAUCGGUGGUUAGACAUUUCUGGAAGGGCUGAGAAGACUUUUCAUGAUUGUAUAAUUUGAUGUCAUGUAGCUUACUUAUGUGUGUACUUAUGUGUGUAUUUGUUCUUAUUUAUUGAAUUGUUUUCCCCCCUGAUGUAAGUUGUGGUAUUGGUGGCUAAUGAGUCUUACUUUACACACUUUUAUAAGCCACAUCCAAGGUAAUGUUGACGGAAACGGUCUCGUGCUGGAACAUAUUUUUCGGGCGUUAGUAGUAUCCUAUUUUAAUGAGAAACGGAAAAAUGAUGACUGGGUGAUGAGAACAUUGUGUUCGGAGAAGCCAAAGAGAUCUGCCUUGUUAUCCCUUGUUGCCCUUUGUCCAUGGAGUGGGAUUGGGUGAAGUAUGCCCUGCCCAUUCACUUUUUUCCCUGUCAUUGUUAGACAGAGACACCCUAGAAAUGUAUGCAAUGCUUGAAAAAUUCAUCCCUUUUUCUCAGGAGAUAUUAUAGAUGUACUAUUAUGAGCUUUGCAACAAAAUGCAAGUGAAUGUGAUGGGAGUAUUUAUGAAAUCAUGCUUUACUCUUUUAUGAUUUAUGCCGUGUUGAUGGACUAUGAUCUCGGCUGGCGGUCCCAACGAGGCAGCCGCCCGGUCAGGGGCCCGUUUGGCGCUUCCUGCUUAUGACGCUUAGAAUUAUAUGGCUACAAGCAUCUCAGUGAAAAAGCAACAUUUCGCUCGGUUGUAGGGGCAGCGUUUAUAUUGAUAGCAGAUUACAUUUGUGGAUUAGUUAUUAUGGACAGUAGUCUGUUCUCAAUUUAUUUCGAUAAAAUCAAUUAUAAGGUCCCCCCCCCCAAACCAAUAGCAAUCCCAGAUAUAUAGGAUGAAAGGAGGAGAUUGUUGGUUUGAGUAGCGCACAAGUCUUUCAGAAGCAGAAGUGGCAUGCUCACAGCAUACGCCCCAGAUUUCAGGAUUGGACAACAUGUGCUCUGAGCCUCUCAUUUGCCAUUAUUUUGUCAUAUUGCUCUAAUGCAUAACAAAUACCAAAUAACCAACAGAGCACUGGAUGCAUUCUAAUGGUACUGUGAGCCUAAGCACCACACCACAGCUUUUGCACUCCCUGUUGUGCAGUGAUGUCACUUCCUGUUUAUGAAUAACUCCCUCAUCCGUUCUCCAGUUCUAUGGUCCAGUUGCUGCAUGAGAUCUCCAAAAUCAGUGUGGGUGUUACCUUGAACCAAAUAAAACUCUGAAUGAUAAGCAUUAAAGCAACUGCCGUCCAUUUUCUCCUAGAUCACCAUGGAUGUACACAUGCGUACUACAGAAAGAAACUUAAAAAUAGAACGAUAUUCAUCCAGGUGGGAAAAAAAUAAACUAACAGUUCAGGCCAUGUUCUAUAGGGCACAAUCUGCAAAAGCGAACAAUGGACUCUAAGAAACUAUAAAUAAUGUAAUAUAUUAUUUUAUUUUAACGGCAUGUGUAGUUUUUUGUAAAUACAGGACUAUUAAAAAAACUACAGCUAUUAAUCUAACACUAAAUAUUUAUAACCGUAAAUAGAAUGGCUUCCAGCUGACACCCCUUGUCGCACUUGUUAGGCUGUGAGACAUUUGUUAGAUGGAGUAGAUUUUUUUAGUCACUUUUCACAAAAAAAGAGAAUAAGAGAAAAUAACUGUAUUUCAAACUGUAUAAAUCAAUACAGUACGUAUGUACAGAGUUAUAUAACGCAUAUAUACAUAUAUACACGCAAACAGAUGUAUAUAUGUAUAUGUAUUAAUAUAUAUACUCUCCUGUCCACUCCUUGCAUUCAAGUGAUACCGGAACCGCAGAGUGUAACUGUUCAUGCUCCUUUCUCCCUGCGGUUUGUUCAGAGAAAAACCCAAACUCUGGCCUGCCCAGGGCUUCUGAACACUGGGUACCAGCGUACAAUGCAUGGUGUUGUACUGGCUGCUUGCUGAGAAUUGUGGAGCCUGCCUUGGUGAGAGGAUUGCACUACCAGCAUACCCUUUUGUACAUGUUUGACGAUGUCUUGCCCCCAGUUUCCUAUAUUGUACAUACAAAGAUAAUGCAGACAGGGAAGGACUCACAUACACUCACACACACACACAGACACACACAAACCCCUCGACAGGCAACUGUGGUUAACCAGUGUGCCCCAGUAUGAGCCACAGCUCAUUUUGUGUGAAAAUAUUUUGCUCGUUUCAGCUCUAACCCUCUUCCAUGUUUCCCCUCAACACACUGCUGCGGUUUGGAGUUGAUUUUUAAAUUUGCUGUCACUUUCAAUAUGAUAUAUCUAAUGAUUUAAGGGUUAGUUGUCUAAACUUGUCUGUUUGUUUGUUGAUGGUGCAAUAUCUCCUAACGGCACGUGCCUUUUUAGCUUCCUAUUUAGUCUGUCAAUGAAAUCAGCAUCGAGGAUCUCGAAACCCAUGGGAGUGAAUUGUAACGGAGCACGAUAGAGCAAUGUAUUGAGUUCAAAAAUUAACUUGUAAGCUGAAAACACACCACUUAGAUUAGACUGUCUGGACUAACAUCUUUUAAAGUCAUGUAGUACAAGUGCUCUCUCUGUGUGUUCUGUUUACCGGCUUUUGGGCCAGUAAAGGGAACAGCUUGCCUUCUGUUUUUCUUUUUGUUCAUUUUCCAAAUGUUGGUUUAACAGUCGUAUAUGAAGCCAUUUUUUUUUGUAGCAUGACUGAGAUAAAUUUCUUUUCUUUUCUGAAAAUAGGCAAACUGAAAAAAUAAAAUCUUUUGACUGUCAUCAUCUCUUGCCACCAAUACAGUCAGAGAGAAGACGUGUGUUGCGCAACCAAAUGGGACGAAUAAAUCAGAGUCAGUGAAAGAAUAUCUUCAUUUGAGCACGAAUCUAUUUCCAAACAAUAAAGCAGCCUUCCAGUUACA